UUGUCUUACGCAUUUACGUUCCCGCGUAUCCCGAUACAGUGGAAUCGGGUAAGCUUGUUGUUUGUAAAUUCGGCGAUUCUUCACUUGAACGCACUUCAAUCAAAUGUGGAGCUGCUUCAAAAACUUCGAGAGAAACUUCAGCCAAUCGCCCUUGAUCGCUUAAAUGUGAUCCAUGUCAGUGGAACGAAGGGCAAGGGAUCAACUUGUGCUUUUGUGGAAUCCAUUUUGAGAAGAGUAGGCUUUCGCACUGGAUUAUAUACCUCCCCGCAUUUGGUGCAUGUUCGUGAAAGAAUUCGUAUCAAUGGCAAACCGAUUAGUGAAGAUUUAUUUUCAAAGUACUUUUUCAUCGUAUACAACAAACUUAAGAAGCAUGAGGUUGAAGAUGGAAUGCCAGGUUACUUCAAAUUUCUUACUCUCCUUGCUUUCCAUGUGUUUUUGGAGGAAAGUGUCGACGUGGCAAUAGUAGAAGUUGGCAUUGGUGGCGAGUACGACAACACGAAUAUUAUUCAGCAUCCGAUUGUAUGUGGUGUGACCACCUUGGAUAUCGAUCAUACAUCCCUGUUGGGUUCCUCAUUACUUGAAAUCGCAUGGCAAAAGGCAGGAAUUAUGAAGAGUGGUGCACCGGUAAUCGUCAGUCCUUCGUCAGAGGAUGUUUUGUCCGUUGCGCCAUGUUAUCAGUCAUAUUCUUAUGCAAAAGGAAACAUAUCACCUGGGAUUGCGGGUGACCAUCAGAAGUGUAACAUGUCACUAGCUUUGCAGCUAUCAAGGGCCUGGUUGAAGCAGAUGGGAUUUGAGGGUUCGUCAUUGACUUACGUCCCAGCGACGAUUGUUGAAGCGAUAGAGUCAUGUAAUUGGCGAGGACGGUCCCAAAUUGUUAUUACAGAUCGAGUACGCUAUUAUCUAGACGGCGCACAUACUCCUAAAAGUAUGGAAGUGUGUUCGAACUGGUACUCAGAAGUCCUUGAAACUAUCCCAACAAGGAGACAUGUGCUUAUUUUUCAUUGCACGGCAGAUCGAGAUCCUUCCAAUUUACUUCCAUAUCUUACAAAACAUAUGUUUGACUACUCGUUGUUUUGUCCAACCGUAUUAAGUACGUUGCCAGACAAGAAGUGCGACGUCGCGAAUUUCAACCAAUCUGCAGCAGACCAGCGAGCUCGUAGUGAUCAGUGUGCAACGACGUGGAAGAAAAUUGGCACUGGGGUUAGUGUUCUGGUGUUUGAUUGCAUAACAUCGGCUAUCCAAUGGGUAGAAAGACUAUCGGACACGGAGAACUUGGAGGUCUUAGUCACAGGAAGCCUUCAUUUAGUGGGCGGUGUUUUAUCACUUAUUGAGCCAUCAGUGGAAUAG